AUGACCCCCGUCAACAGCGCCAGGUUAAAUCCUGGGAAGUCGAGACCGUUGCGACGGGAUCACGUCCCACGAUUAAGGACAAAGACAGGCUGUCUGACUUGCCGAGACCGUCGCAAGAAGUGUGAUGAACGUCAUCCAAUCUGCUCCGGCUGCAACCGGAACGACCUGGUCUGUCAAUGGCGAGAAGAACAGCAACCCAGCCGAGAAUCAGCAUCAGCAGUAUCAGCAUCGCGGUUAGCAUGGUGUUCGUCAUCCAAAUCAGAAACAGAAUCAUGUCCGUCGCCGCCUGCGAGAACCUCGUGGAUGGAGCGCAAUAGACCUCGUCAAUCAAGCUCGUCACCGUCGUCGUCAUCUAUCUCAUCGUCCACCUCAUCGCCCACAGGCACGAACACGAGCUCAACGACAACGACGACGACAAAAACAUCCAGAUAUUCGCAUGCGGUGCUAGCUUCCUCCGUCUCCUCUACCACUCCGCCCAAACUAUUACCCAUUGGCAUGACGGUAGCGUAUCGACCACCUGGUUGGCAGGGGCGGCCAACUGAAUAUUCUUACUUGCUUGCGCAUUACAUUGACAAAUUCCUACCUUUAAUGUCGCGGCCAUAUGCCCAUGCCGAGUUUGGAAAGAUGUCGUACUCGGUCCGGCUGGCCCUCUUCCACCCGAUCUUGAUGGAUGUCUACCUGGCGGUCGCCUCCAUCCACCUGGCCGCUGGCGGGCAUCCCGAAACGAUGAAAUCAGCGAUCAGCCUCUACAACUCGGCCAUUCGAGGACUUUCCCGAACGAUUGAGGCGGGCGAAUCGGAUGGAUGUGAGGACUGGCUGAUGUUGGCAUCGAUAGGGUUAUGCGUAUUUGAGAGAUGGCAUAUUUCCAACCACGUCAAAGCAACUACCCAUCUCCUCGGGGCUUUCCAAAUCUACCAGAUCCGAUGCAGGAUGCCGAGAAUCAAGGAUAUGAAACUCGAACGGUGCUUUGCCGAGACUCUGAUCUACCAUUCCUCGAUCCUUUCGCUAUUUGAAGGCGCUGACGCCGUCUGUCUCUCCGACGAGAUCCUCAAGGAGUUGACCAGCAUCCUCUCCACCAAACCGAUCCCUGAGGCUCCGCAGUGGGCGAAUUCACCCCUGCUCGGAGGGUUUCACACGCUCUUCCGGCUAAUUCUGGAUAUCACCAAGCUCCGCUCCGAUCCACACAAGACCCAAUAUGCGGCUCCGUUGGCCCAACGACUCGACGAGGUCGACCGUCUCAUCGAGGCGCGGGUGCUGACCUCAUGGGACGAGAAAAGAAAAUCCAACUGCUGCAAUGAAAUGCGUAUGUUUUCGACCGCGACCAAGAUCUUGUUUCUCAAGUUCAUGAAUCCGCAGUGUGGAAUGAGCGAUCCACUGAUUGAGGGGGUUGUGCAAGAGGGGUUGCAGCGCAUUCGUGUAUGGUCGCCCGAUGAUCGGUUUGACCAGUUCUUUUGCUGGCCACUGCUCGUGAUUGGUUGUGGUCUGCAAGCAGCCGACGACAUUGAGCUACUCCGGACCAAACUCGACGAGAUCUGGGACACGACUCGUUGCGGAGAUGCACGUCGAGUGAGAGCGACAUUGGAGAGUGUCUGGGCUCAGGAGCAGGAUCCGAUCUCCAGGGACAGUAUGACCGAGGUCUGUACUACUCGUCCAUGUGGCCUGGACAUUUUGCUCCGCAACGACGGUGUUUUCGGUUUACUACGAACUUGA